AUGCAGUCAGGACCGAAAGGUCGACACCUAAUUACCUAUGGCUCCACUGCUAAGAACCAGCCACACUCAAAAGCCGCAAAUGCGCGUGUUGCGGCAGUCAGCUCUAUCCAGAGCCGAUCGCCGCGUCAGUCAGUAGAGGCUGAGCGACCAGGAAAGAAGCACCUACAAGCCAAUGACGCCUCAGGCGCAGAUAUCUAUGACUUGCCAUCGUCAGACGAAGAAGCUCAGCGAUUUGUUCCACGCGCAAAGCGGCGACGAUAUGCCGAGAAGGAGCAAAGAAAAACACCUCAUCAAGAACAGGUGCAAGUCACACAAAAUACCAUAGAUAAUCCUAACCCCAAGCCAAGCACCAUUUCUGCUCCAAAACGCACCGCAGCAGGUCCUGAAUUGAAGACCAUCAAACCUCCAACCAGGAGGAGCAAGCGAAAUCUUGAGUCAAGUGGUACAAAGCAACAAGGGGAUUUGAUCCCUGAAAGUCCAAGGGUACGCCGAAAGACUGAUGUCGUCUUGCCAGAAGAGAAUGGGGUUUCCAGCCAAAUUGACUCGGAGCACCAUGCUUCUCAGAGCAUAUCAUCAAGCGCCAAGUCCACUGCCUCUCCAAAGCAAAGAAUCUCAACCCCAGGCAAUAUUACUCCAGGUCGCAGGCGACUAAUUGACUCCCUGGGCACCAGAGAACGUCAAGCUGAUGGGUCGUCUCCGGAUAAGCCACCUAGCAGCGAAUGGUCUUCUUCAAUUGCUUCUUUUAUCACUACUCGACAGGUUGAACCUGCGCUAUCCCCAAUGCCAGCUGAAUCUCAGAAUGAAACUACAGGAAAUGAUCCUGAUUCAACUGUUACCAUUUCACCUCACUUACGCGGCUCCAAAGUCACUUAUGCUCGCCAGCGUUCAUUCUUGGACGAUCUUCUCUUGGAAAACGGAUCUGAGGUUCUGGGGGUUGAUGAUAUUAUGGUGAAACCUUUUCCACGACAUGUCGAUGAUGCUACCCGGGCUCGCCUUUUUGCUAUCGAUGAACCCGAAAAUGACGAUGGGACAGUUCGAAGCAUUCAUGAACUUCGCCAAGUUGGCGGCAAUGCCCGUUAUCGAGGUGCCGUCGAAUCUAUCUUUGAAGAUAUUGAGGACCCUCAUGUUUCUGUGUCAGGUCGAUGCAGUUCCUUCGUGCAGCUUUGCACCAAACUUCUCGACUCAAAACUUGCACGUCAAUUUUUAGAGUGUAAUUUUGACAAGAGGCUCGUGGAUAUUCUCUCCAGCAAUCUCGACGUGGUUUCCUCUUCAUUGGGCCUUUGUGCCUAUGCCCUCUGCUCCCUCGGAAAACCUCUUCCGUACAUUCUCGCCACAGCUGCCUGGCCAAAGUUGUUGGAUCUAUCAAACAAAUUGCUAGAUUUUCAAGACGAUCUCUCUACAAUAACAAAAAGCCCACGAUACAAAAUUUCUAGGGCCACGCAACUAUCCAUUCAAAACAUCAUUCUACAGUUCCGGUCAACACUACUCUUGGAUGCAGAUAUGGCCAAACUGUCUCCUUGUUUCUUACUUCUGCAGUGUCUGAAACUGACCAUAUCGGCAUUUCAAGAAAAAGGCGAGAACCUCACAACUCUUUCCUUACCACUUUUGAGACGAGUGGUCAGCCUCAUCCUGUCUAGCAGCUCCUCCAGCGCAGACACCUCAUCUUCUAUUGAACCGAAUAACCCCCAGGUUCUGAUCCUGGGAUUAUCUAUUCUGGAAAGUCUCAUUGCCUCUGGGAACCCUAUGCAGAGUGAGCACCAAGAGAUCCUGAGCUCCCUCUCCAGUCUUCAUGGCCUCCUUUCUGUCCAGGGCGCUCCUCCAGCAAACACCAUGAGCUGCCGGAUUCAAGUACUCUAUAUUCGAGUGAUUCUGAAUCUCACAAACAGCUACCCUGUUCUUUGUGAUGCUUUUGCAACACCGAAGAUGAUAGAUGAGUUGGCCGAAAUCGCCAUGGUCAACUUUACCGAUCUUUCCCAGAACUCCUUUGCCGAAGAUAAUGAUAGCAGUGCUUUAGACACAGUGAUCCUGACGCUGGGUGCGCUGAUCAAUGUGACCGAACAAAGUGAGACGUCGCGUGUCAUUUUUCUCGGUUCUGAGAAUACGACCGAAUCCCUACUCAGUCGACUGUUACAGUUAUUUGGAACUCAUGUCGAUUCCACUUCCAAGGCAGAUUCUGUCCCAGAAGUCCAUCAUAACGUUGCGAUCGGGUAUUUGGCAGUACUUCUCUUGGCUCUCUGCCUCAACGCUAGUGCUUGUUUUCAAGUGAAACAAUCAUUGCACUCUAAUGGAUUGUCAGUGAUCAUGUCUAUUGUCGAUGAAUUUUUACAAUAUCAUCGAAAAAUUGAGCAGGAGUUGCAACCUCUUCCUGUGCAAGUGCAAGGUGAAGCCAGUGGCUUUCAUGUUCGGUUGCAGGGACUGAUGAAUCAAAUUCAACAAUCUGAGUGA